AUGGGUGGAUUCGGAGCGGGCUUCUUGGAUAUUAAGACGGCGACACUGCUCCGAGUCUUCUGGUCGACAGCUCUCGCUUCCUGGUUCCUCCUCAAGUCAAGCGAAGGGAAGAUGCGCUUCUCCCUCGUUAUCAGCACGGCUGCGCUCGCCCUCAACCCCCCCGUUGCCAAUGCCGUGACAAUCAACGAGAUCAACGGCAUCAGAUAUAUUUCGCCAUACAAUAAUCAAGCUGUGAGUGGCGUCCAAGGGCUGGUAACCGCCAAGAGCUCGGCCGGUUUCUAUCUUCGCCAAACGACCGCUGAAGAGGACGACCGCUCGUCGAACUCGAUCUACGUUUUUGGCGCUGCUGGUGAAAGGAAUGUCACUGUGGGUGACAUUGUCACUCUGGACGCGACUGUAAGCGAGUAUCGUUCGCAAUCGAACUAUCUGUUCUUGACCGAAUUGACGGCCCCGAGUAACAUCGUGAUCGUUUCGAGUGGAAAUGAGGUGACGCCUCGGGUGAUUGGAGAGGAUCCGUCGCUCCAACCUCCGACCGAGGCCUUCUCGUCGCUUGAUGAUGGGGAUGUGUACUCGGUGCCUAAUAACCAGAGUCUGAUCUCUGUCGUCAACCCGAUUCUUGAACCGCUUCAUUACGGGAUGGAUUUCUGGGAGAGCUUGACGGGAGAGCUCGUCACUGUCAAGGCCCCUACGGCAAUUACCAAAUCUAACAGGUUUGGCGAUGUCUGGGUUGUCGGGCCAUGGGAAACCUCCGGCAAGAACCAGCGGGGUGGAUUGACCAUGCGAGACCUAGAUUCCAACCCGGAAGCGAUUUAUAUCGUCAGCCCUCUUGACGGUACCGCUAAUCCCCUGACUGUCAAGCUGGGUGAUACUUUGGAGGAGAUCACAGGUGUUGUGACGGCAGUCUUUGGGUACUACGCUAUCAUUCCUCGAACUGCAAUCAAGACGGUCGCUUCUGCCUUGCCCGCCGUAGCUCCAGCCACGACUCUCGUCAGCGAAGGAAGCUGCAGCGGUCUGACAGUCGGCGUCUACAACGUCGCGAACCUCGCCCCGGGAUCUUCUUGGCUUCCAUCGAUCGCAGAUCACAUCGCGACUCUCUUGAAAACCCCCGACUUGAUGUUUCUGGAGGAAAUUCAAGACGACACUGGCCCCACUGUCGCAGGUAAUGUCGUCUCUGCCAACCUCACUCUCGCCACCCUUGCCAACGCCAUCUACAAUAUCUCCGGCGUCCAGUACGCAUGGACUGACAUAGAUCCCAUAUAUGGCAUGGACGGUGGUGAACCAGGCGGCAACAUUCGGCAGGCCUACCUGUACAACCCGGCCACGAUCCGACUCCGCAAGCCCAACCCGGGAGGGGCUCUCGAUGCCAACGAGGUCCUGCCCGGUCCCGAACUCAAGUUCAACCCAGGACGCAUCGACCCAACCAACGCGGCUUUCCGAGCCAGCCGCAAGCCGCUGGUCGCCGCGUGGGAGACGCUGGAUGGCCAGAACCUCUUCUUCACCGUCAACGUUCACCAAGGGAGCAAGGGCGGCGGAAGCCCUCUGAUGGGAGACGCAAGACCGCCCGUGAAUGGCGCUCUCGCGCCCCGGACUGCCCAGUCGAACAUCACCGCGACCUUCAUCGCCCAGAUCCUCGCGGCGGACCCGUCCGCCAAGAUCAUUGCCGCCGGCGACUUUAACGAAUUCUCCUUCGUCCAGCCCCUGGAGAUCUUCACCUCCGUCUCCCAGCUGCUCGACCUCGACGACGCCGUCUCCACCCCGGCCGAGGAGCGCUACUCCUACAUGUUCGACAUGAAUUGUCAGGCCCUGGACCACAUGUUCGUCAGCCCGGCGCUGCUGGCCCCGGGGGCCGCGGCGUAUGAGCACGUGCACGUCAACACCUGGGCUAGCUUCCCCGACCAAGUCUCGGACCACGAUCCGGGCGUAGCGAAGCUGGAUCUUUGCUCGUAG